GUGGCACAGAUGGUGGUAAUCAGUUUCGGGAAGAAAGUGAGCUUUUUGUGGGCUUGUAUCUGCGAAUUGAUGGAAUGUGCAGAAGGAUUUCAUGUGUCUUUAACUGCAGACAUGGUGGUUGGUUGUCACAGGCUUCACGAGUAUUAUAUUCUCGAACCUAUGAUGUUCGUUUGUGCUGAUUACGUGUAACAAAGUUAAUCAAAGUAAUGAAACAGCAAACAAUGACUGCGUUUAAAAAGUAUGACGCAGACGUUGCUUAACCUGUCAGAAAAAAAUAAUGUAUUUUUGGUGCUAGAAGGGUGACAGUUGCCAGGUUUUCUAUUGAUUUAAAGUCAAGUGGCCUGAGACAUCAUUGUGUGAAGAUUUGCUUUUUGAGGUUUGAACCCCAAACUGAUCGUGACUCAACAUCACAGUUGGGUUGUUCCCUGUAUGAAGAACUUUUUGCUGCUACCAUGGCACUAUCAGUGAACACAAAGAAGGGUUUGGUGUUUGGGAUCGGAGGCGCAUUACUUGUUAUAGGGUGUGUGAUGGGAGGGGUCUGGUUGUCAAUUGUUACCUCAAUUUUUGAGGGGGAAAUGGGUCUUUCGAGCACGUCUAAGUCAUUUUCGAUGUGGGAAGAGACGCCAAUUCCAAUGUACAUAGAAGUCUAUUUCUUUAAUUGCGCAAAUGCUGAAGCAUUUCAGCAGAGUCCGCAGACUGUGGCACCAGAAUUUGUAGAGAUGGGUCCAUAUAUUUUCAGUGAACACCACAAAAAAGUGAAUAUUGUAUGGAAUGAGAACGACACCGUUACUUUCGAGCAGAUCCGUACAUGGCAUUUUGAGCCAGACCGUUCAAAUGGAACGCUGAGAGAUGAGAUAACCAACAUUAAUGUUAUUGCAGUGACUGUGGAAUAUAUGAUUCGUCACAUGAAUCCCGUGGUACAGAUAAUUGUGGACACGCUAGUGAAGAACACUGAACCACUGUUUGUUACAAAGACAGUAAGUCAGCUUAUGUUUGAGGGGUAUGAGGAUGAGUUACUCAACAUUACAGCAACAUUGAAUGUCUCAGACUUCAAUGUUCCCUUCGAUAAGUUUGGAUGGUUCUACCCGCGAAAUAAUUCACAAACAUAUGAUGGGGUGUUCAAUAUACACACAGGAACAAAUAAUAUUGACUGGCUCGGUAUAAUGGAUGCAUGGAAUUAUGAGCAACGUCCCCCAUAUUAUGAUGGUGAAUGUGGAAGAAUAACUGGAACAACCGGAGAGCUCUUCCCACCCAUGGAAAAUGCCGACAGAGUCGGACUUUUUGCAUCUGAAGUCUGUAGUUCCCUAGAACUUGUGAAAUCAGUUGACUCAUUUUCAAGACUCGGUCUAGAAGCCUACAAGUUUGUUGGGGAUGACAGCGUGUUUGACAAUGGGACAAAGUAUCCCGAGAAACGAUGUUACUGUGCAAAAAGUCAACUUAUCGGUGUAAAUAAAAUUUCAGACUGUGUUGAAGAAUGUGUACCGAGUGGUGUAAGGGGCAUUUCAAAGUGUCGUUUUGGAGCACCUGCAUUUAUUUCCUUCCCACAUUUUUAUGAGGCGGAUCCCAUUUAUUUACAAUAUAUAAAAGGAUUAAAUCCAAGUAAAGAACUGCAUGAAUUCUACAUUGCUGUAGAACCAGUUACUGGCAUUCCUUUAGAUGUGAAAGCACGUAUGCAGAUCAAUAUCCUCUUACGCCCAUACAUAAAUUCGAAGCUAUUUAAAGAUGUCCCCAAGGUGAUGAUUCCUAUACUGUGGUUCACACAGUCUGCAGAGCUCACGGAUAGUUUGGCGGACCUGGCAAAGCUUCUAAUCAAUCUUCCUACGAUUGGUUUGGUCACAUUUUUUGGACUGGCUGGAAUUGGUGCCCUUCUGAUACUUUCUGGCGUAGCGAUAACAUUGAGGAACAGUUGGGAGGGAGACAACGUUGAGAAACUCUUAGGAAAUGACUCCUUCUCGUCAGUGGUACCAACUGCAAGGGACGUGGACACGGAUAAAGAAGAGGACAGAUAGAAGAGUGAAUGUAGAAGACUGUUAGAAAGGGGAGCGUUACUAGCAUCAGAUGGGAGAUAAUAGGAGCGAGUACUUUAAAUACUAUCGUAGAAGUUGCGUUUAGGUACCACGGAAACUAUGGACAAAGAAUCGCGUCUUCUCAAUGUGAUACAGAAACAAUGACCAAUCAUCUGUAAUGUUUGGCCCUCACACCGUACUUACACUUAAGUGAUGUUCAGGCUAGUGACAAGACCUGAAAUGACUGUCGCAACAGAAUAAGCAAGUACUUGCAAUUUCCUUUACUAUCAUAACUAAUGUCUGGAGAACACAGCCUGUCUGCCCCCUUCAUUAAUGGAUGAUGCUUCACAGUGGAGUCGUUUGGAAACUCUUCUACUCGUGACACCUACUUCCGUCGUUUCCAACAUUACCGUUAAACCACCCUAACCACGGUCAACUUUACCUUUAUCCUAACAUGUUUAUUCAUUAUCCAACCUAAUGGAGGGAAUUGGAAACAGGAAUCAUAGAAAAUGUUAUCUUGUUUGCAAAUAAUACACUUUAUGUCAGUUUUGUGAUUAUAAGUACAUCAUGGUGUCUGGUCUUCAAGACGCCCCUCUAACCUGCUAUGUACUCUGGGACAAGUUACAAAAUCCGAAGCUUAUUUCUGGUACCGAUGUACACAACAGUAAGGCUGUUUUAUAAACCUUCUUUAUAUUAAAUAAUGAAGCAUUAAUAGUUUGCAAACAGGAUAAUCUGCAAGAAGAGUGUACUGUGUAUGUAAUAUGAAUUGUUUUUUCCCCAUUAGAUUUACAAUUAACAGUAGAAUAUUUUUUAAGAUAUCACAACUUCGAAAAUAGAAAAGUAUUUUGCUUCUGUCUGUAACAGCUGCCCUGCUACAUAUCCCAAUUGAUGUAUCCCAUUUAUUUUUAUAACCUAAUAGUACACAGACACUAAUUUCAAGAAAGGUGGCUGUUCAUUGCAUGCAAAAUAAAGAGUUAAUAUGGUGGGUUAGUGCACAACACUACUGCUAAAAAGUGCCUUUGUUCCUGACAGUGCCAUAAGAGUUCCACAAGUCACUAUAAGUAAGCAGAUGUGAACUGAACUGCUUCUCGUAAAGGUGCGGUACAGAGUAAGAGUUAAAAUAAUGAUGACAGGAUGGUAUCUCUUCUCUGUAUGUGUUGUAUACAUUGUAAAUAAAGUAUGAAUGUGAUACUUAAUACAUAACUUUGCUGUAAGUACAUCAUUGAACACAAUAUAUGAAUAAAUAAAUUUAUCAGUUUUGAUAUAA